AUGACUGCUCCUUCUUUUUGGCUUGUCAGGCAAUUGUGGUAUAAUUCAGAUUUUGGAAUGGAGUGUAUACCUUCACAGGGUAUUGCUGGAAAUAGUGGUGGUCUUCUCACUAUAUGGGAUAUCACUAGGUUGGAGUUGCUGGAUAAGAGAAUAGGGCUCAAUUCAAUCUCUUGUCUCUUUAGAUUUAGGAGCACUUGUUUCAAAUUUAUUCUAACGCAUGCGUAUUCUCCAUGUGAUUUUGACAUGAGAGAACUGUUCUGGAAUGAUUUGAAGGAGAUUAGAACUUGGUCUGAUGAAGCUUGGUGUUUCGUUGGUGAUGUUAAUUCAGUUAGAAGCGACACCGAAAGAAAUAAACCUGGUGGUGAUUUAAGGAAUAUGAGCUUCCUCAAUAAUUUUAUUGCUGAGAAGGAGUUGAUGGACUUACCUUUGCAUGGGAGUGCUUACACUUGGAGUAACAGGCAUGAAGAUCCUUUACUGUGCAGACUCGAUAGAUGUUUGCUUUGUACUGCUUUUGACUCGAAGUUUAUUAAUGCAACACAAACGGCAUUGGUAAGAACAAUUUCAGAUCAUAAUGCUUUGCUAUUAGAUUUGACCUCUUGUGUUAAGAAUAUUUCGAGUUUUAAGAUCGAAAACCAUUGGUUGGAGCAUCCUGAUUUUAUUAAAUUGGUGGAAGUUUGGUGGAAUUCGUUGGAUUUUACAGGAACACCAAGUUUUGUUCUUUUUAGGAAGUUACAGAACUUGAAAUACUUCAUUAAAAAAUGGAGCAAGGUCACUUUUGGAAAUGUAAGAAAGAAAGAAGAUGAGUCAACUGAAAAGAUCAAACUUUUGAAUGUUGCGGAGGAGAGUGCACCUUUAUCUUCCUCUCAACUGGAUGAAAGAGUGGUUUUACUGAAAUCUCUUAGUGAUGUCAAGGUCACUAGAGGUAGAAUGGAUUAUCAGAGAGCUAAGGUAAAAGGCUUCAAAGAUGUUGAUAAAAAUACUUGUUAUUUUCAUGCAAUUGCUAAUGGGAAGAGGAGGAGGAACUACAUUACUAAGUUGGAGAUUAAUGGAGUAGAUGUUUUUAAUCAGGAGGCAAUAAAAGUUGAAAUUCAUAAUUUUUAUAAUGAUUUGUUUACUGCCAGAACUUCGAUAUCUCCUUCUUUUAGAUUUGGAUUUCAGGACAAUUGA